AUGUACGUGACCAGGCCGCUUUCUCUCUACAGGACUUCCCGCCGCGCGGCCUCAGAGCCGCCGCCGGAGGGUCCUCACUUGGGGUACCCGGUGAUCCAAGACGAGGCAUACGAUGCCCAGACAACGAUCUGCUGGGGGAUGUGCCGAAAACGAAUGCUGGCCAACCUCCCCUUCCCACAGAACCGGCUACUCACCGUUGGCUCAGAUUACAAAGCCUUCUUCGUUCCCGUUCCCGGCUUGCCCCUGUCGGCCAACCGGUACUAUGUCGUCCACCCGAAGGGGAAAAAUGCCGGGUAUUUUAACUUGCAAUUGUCUAUCAAGUCUUCCUUUUUUAUCUUCUAUCCAUCCGUCAAUUGAACUUGCAAUUAUCCAUCAAAUUUCAGCACCAUUAUAUAUAGGUAUAGUGAUAUGUACUUGUGUUAAGAGCUAUUGGCAUAUCAGUUAGCCUGUAAUUUGUGCUACCAAUUUUUUGAGAAUUGCAUCAGCAUAUUUUUCUUUAAGAAGAAAUAUUUGGCACAUUUCAAUCGUAAGAACAUAGCCCAUAAAGCCCAUAUCAGAUUCGUUCAUCACAUUCUUCUGAAUUCUCCAAGCAUGUAGUAGAAUUGGUUGUAUGAAUCAAGAGUGAAGGCUCAAUUGAAUUGAUUUGGAAAUAAUUCCCCAAAAUACUUAUAAAUCUUCUUAUUCAUCCUUUUAGAGCUGGUUUGGAUUGAUAAAAGGGCUUCUGAAGCUGAGGUUCGUUGUUCUCCUUUCUUUUUUCCUUCUUCAUCUUCUUCUUUCAUCAAGAAUGCCGGUUUUGCAUCCGAGUAAUUAACUUGCGACGUUGUUCGUCUAGUAAUCAAGGGGUUGUGAUCAAGCGUUGUACUUUUGCAUGAAGGCAUCUUCCUUAUGCAUGAUCUUGGUGAUGCACUUUAAUCUAUCACUUCGCCAGUAAUCAAGUCUUGUGAUUUAGCGUGGAGGCAUCAUCCUUAUUGAUGAUCUCCCUGAUGCACUUAAACCUAUCACUUCGCCACUAAUCAAGCCUUCUGCUUUUUCAUGGAGGAAUCGUCUUUAUGCAUGAUCUUGCUGAUGCACUUACACCAAGAACAUUUUUCCCUUCAGGUUGGUCUACUAGUUACGAGGGAUGUCAAAUGGGUUGCAACUAUUCCUCAGCCAGACUUCUUCCUUAACGGCCUUUUCCAAUUCUGUGGUUCACAAAGAAACCGAACUUUAAGCGGACUGACUUCUUGGAUAAAAUAUAUUUGAAAACUCUUCGCAAGUAGUUUUGUGUUGCAAUCUCUCAUUUCAUUGACUUUCUCCGUGGACUAUAUUUUGCUUCAAAGUAUAAUUGAUACUGCCAAUUCCUCUGACGUUGGUUUGAAGAUAUUUCUUUGUCUUCUUUCUUUUGAUGCUCACCCCUUUAAUAGGCGCUUGUGUCCCACCUUUCUUAGGGUAACAUUGUACCCGUACAUUUGAUAAGAAGGACAGACUGUCAACCCGCUCGGUUUUUGCUCAUGUUGUUCAAGAUAACUCUAAUUUCCCCCAUAGUAUCUUCAAAUUUGACAAGGAAACUUUUCACAAAUUUUUCAACUAUUUCUACGCUUGAAUAGUGCCACAUGGUUCUAUAUUUGAUCAAUGAUAGUUGAAACUCACAAAACAAUCUUCAAUAUGUUCUUUCUCAUUGAGAAGAAAGUUUCUAAAGUCCCUCCGUGAUAAUUUCUAUCUGGAAGCCUUGCUCUUCCAUUACAAUAUGUCCUUUCCAUCUUUGCAAUCUCUUGCUGCCAUUACGAAGGGAAAUAUGGAUUUGCUUGACCUGUCACUGAGUAGGAGAGAGAUAGCUUUUGUAACCUUGCUGUUAUCUUUGAUUUUUUUGUUUGAUGGUUGGUCGGAUCAGCGAUUCACAUAUAAUUAUGCCGUGGCAUUUCAUACCCUCUUUCUGCCGAAUGUCGAAGAACAUAAGAUAUGAAGUUUAUCUUGAAUUAAACUCUCCCAUAAUCAUAAUUUCAUGCAUGAAAAAUAGGGAUGGCAUUUUUUGGUUAUUUGACUGUAGUGUUGUUCCAUAAAGAGGCUAUAGUUUAGAGGUUCGGGAGGAGGAAGUAGCGAGAUAGAGCACAUGCUUUGUACCGGGGCUAGUAUCAUCAAAAGCCAAGAUAAACGAAGGACGAUUUUUUCUCAUGGAUAGGAAGGGUUGUAUGCUUAAUUACGAUAAAGUAGGGGAGAACGCCCAUUCGGUGAAAUGCCACACACUUCGAAUUACUAACCAAAAACUAGUCGUUUUAUUGAUCCUCGUAGACUGUUGUACAAAUUCGAGCUGUUUCUAAAAUUUAGCUCUCAUCUUACAGAAACUUUACUUUCCCUGUUCUUCGAUGCUCUAGGGUGAUAUACGCCUGCUCGGGAGAGGGGGACAAGGUUGAUUUAUUCUGCUGCUCACACCGAUAUAACCGGAAUACGAGGCCCAUCGUCAUGGGUGACGUCUACCAGCAAGUACAGGUCGUCCGGCGCCGCUUUUAUGGAAACUUCUUCGCAAAAGCUGUCGCGGUUGAUGGCAUCGCUCCCGACUUCCUAAGGUUGAGCGACGAGCAGGUCCAUACAGAUUUUAAGAGAAAACCAGGGCUGAACAUAUAGCCGGCUUCUGGGGUCAAUGUGACCCUCCGAGGACGCAUGCCCGAUACAAGCUAUCCCCAUUUGCGCCCAGCGUUCCUCCGUGGCCGUUGUCGGGAAGUGGUACACUCCCUUUUUCUUCAUAAAGGGGGAGCUUUUCGGCCUAAAAGACCAGGUAGAAAGAUCAUUUUUUUAUGAGGUGACCCUCGAGCAGUUUUGGCAGGCCACUCACUUCAGUGAAAAUCAAUGCUCGUGGUGAAAGAAGAACGGUAGAGGUAAGAGCUAUGGUCCAGACCGAGUCGGCAAUGCUCUGCGAUGGAGAGCUCGUGGGGGACAUCUCCCUAUCGGCCAACGGGGUAGUGUGGUUCCGGCCUUCUGAGUCUAAAUCUGGAGCGGUGGGUCUGAGCAGUGCCAUCGUGGAGAGGAUGCGAUGGGAAGUGGCUAGAGGGGGUUGGGUUGCAGGUAAGUCUGGGGGGCGUGUUGGAGAGGGAAGAGGAGUACAGUGGGGGCAGAACCUGGUCGGUUUUUGGAUGCUUCGUGCUGGUUGAAAGGUUCUCACUGAGGAGGUUGGAUGGGAGCUUAGUGCUAGGCUGCAACUUCAGGCAUACCAACAAGAUUAUCACAAAGUGGGAGUGA